AUGCCUGCCGCUUGUUCAUCAGAUGGCCAUCUGAUGAACGUUUUGGAGAGUCCACAAGCGUGUGGAUGUACUACGAGUGAGUGCGAUGGCCUCACUUGUGGUACGGUCGUUAGUACGACUGCACAAAACCUUAGUGUACCAAACGGUUACACUUCGGAGCAAAGUUCCGGCGGCUGUGAGGAAACACAGGCUGCGCCGAAGGUCCACCACUCGAAUAAGUCGGGUGGACUGGGACAAAGAUGUAUCCCUAGAGGGGAACAUCUAGAAGAGAAACAAUCGAUCGCUCAGGUUAAGCGAAACGAUAAUCCUAGAUCGACUGGAGAGUCUUUCGUAGAGGAUCUCGCUGUGGUUGCGCAACCCCAGCUAGAGGAAGUAAAGGGAAUAAGUCCCAAGAUUACAAAUACGGCGGAAAUAAGUUCCCCGAAACCCGCGGGAAUAAGUCCCCGGGAAGACGAAGGAAUAAGUCCUUCGAAGCCUGAGGGAAUAAGUCCCCAGGAAAUGACAGAGACAUUGAAUGUCAUAGUCAAUAACGGAUCAUGUGUAGGCGCUUAUACACUUGAUCUGAUUGCGCCUCCGAAGUUAACUUCGGAGAUCACUCAGUUGCCAACGCUCGAACAUAAAAGGUUCUUGCGUGAUCUGCGUAGUGGCAAAGUCAAGCAGAUCUGCAUACUCGUCGCUGACGACGAGUAUGUAACCGACAUAAGGUCAGCAACAGUGUUUACUGAGAACGAGAGAGUUCUCAGUAGUUCAUCUAUGGACGAGAGUGUCCUAGAUGAAAAGACACGAAUUGAGCGAUAUGAGUCCCAAUCAUGGGAAUCGCUCAAGGAAAACCCUCUCUAUGAGGAUUUGGUUGAAUUCAAGGAUGUAUUCCCUGAAACUGUUCCGUGCGAAUUACCGAAGGAUAAAGGUAUUCGACACGAAGUCGAGCUUAAACCAGGCUCGAAGUACUGUGUCAUGAAGCAGUGGCCACUGCCUCGUGAACAAGUACUUGCGAUCGACAAGUUCUUUGCCGAUCGUUUAGCAGCGGGCCAUGUGAGGGAAUCAACUUCCCCACAUAGCUCUCCGACCUUCUGUGUGCGAAAAGCAACAGGAGGGUGGCGGAUAGUGCACGCGUUCAACAAAUUGAACGCUGCAACGGUACCGGCUCAGACGCCGAUACCGAGGAAGGACGUAAUCAUUGAUGGUAUGUCAAAGAGUACCAUCUUUUCGUCCAUGGAUUUGAUGGAUGGCUUCUAUCAAAUCCUAAUGCGGGAACGGGAUAUACCCUAUACCGCAGUUAGCACGCCUAGCGGCAUGCUCUGGGAAUGGCUAGUAAUGCCACAAGGGCUCAGUAAUGCCCCUGCCACGUUCAACAGGUGUGUAUCACAUCUGUUGAGGCCAGUACGAGAAUUCGCGCCGAGUUAUUUCGAUGACGUAUUCAGACAUAGUCGGGCUAUGGAUGGAAAGUCGGACGUUGAGGUUCACAAGUACCACGUCCGACAAGUUCUUACAAUCAUGCGAAAGCAUCAAUUGUAUGCAAACCUCAAGAAGUGUAUAUUUGCAGCAAGCGAAAUACCACUUCUUGGGUGCAUCGUUGGUAAGAACGGUGUACGUCCUGAUCCCGAAAAGAUCAAGGCGAUCACCGACUGGCCCGUGCCGGUCGAUGUCAAAGGUCUUCGAUAA